GCGAGAGAGCCACACACACUGGAGUCAGGGUACGGAAUGUGUGUGUGUGUUCCUGUGGGAGAGAGAUAGCUGACUAUACACAGGAGCCAGGGUUGCAGUUCACAAAAUCCACACAGAGCGUCGUCCCCUCACCUGUGGAGCGAAGAGUGAAUUGGAGAUGGAAGCCGCCCCCGUUCCAAUGACCAAAUAAGAGCGAGCGAGUGUGCCCACGCGCUGAAUGCAUAGGCUAUUUUCAGUGAAUGUUCUAAGGAUUCGGUGACUUUACAUUUAUUGUGUUUGAGUGAAGGUACAUUUGGACUUUUGAUUUCUACGCUGUCCGUAUUUAUUUUGUGUUUCUCACCUGGAUCUUAUCACUAAAAGCUCAAUGGAAAGGUAAAAGGACACCGUGCCUACCAAGAAAAUAACUCGCAUCCAAAAGAUCCAACAAGUGGAUGAACGAAUAUUCUGCUUCUGCACUAUUGACUGGACUAAAACAACGGAUUAAGCAUCUUUGAAUGAUCUCAUUGUCUUUGGAUUUUAUCUGUUUGUUUUCUAAUCCAGCGAGAGAAACCGCUGUUCCUUUUCAUCUGCACUGACAUCUCACUGGCGGUGUGUCUCAGCAGAUGGAGCCACCGUGAUGUGUUUAGUCUUGUUCAGCAAAUAGCCUGUAUAAGUGUAACAAUUUAGGCAAUUAAUUCAACUCGAUGAUUGUCAAUUAAUUUCCUCAACCCAGGCUAGAUAUAUCUCGCAAUUUGUGUAACAAAUAACUGUCAAGUAUCCAGAUAAAUAAAAAAGGAGAUACAGUGACAACGUCAAGUUUAUAUUUAUAAAUAAAAACAACAAUCCACUAGUCUUCUCCGUGUUCAUUCACCAAGGAACGGGGGAUAGGCUACCACGGAUCCUCUCUUCUCUCCUGCCUCUCGAAUCUGGGACCACAUCUGUUCCUUUCUAUUCAUGGACUUGAUCCUCCACACCCUGUUUGAAACUGGAGAAAAGUUGUGAGUGACUCUCUUGAACUCUCCCUUAUAUGAAGAUCAGGGCACAGGUGGCAGCCCCAGACCGUCACCGCAGCCAUGCCUAUCAUGCAUCCAAUCACCUCCAAUUUGAUGUACCGGGGCAUCUGCACCAUCCCAGACAUGCUCGCCUACCGAGCCCCGGUCAACCUGCCCGAGGACGAGGUGGAAGAGAUUCGCGAGGCGUUCAAGGUAUUUGACCGUGAUGGGAAUGGCUUCAUCUCGAAGCAAGAGCUGGGCAUGGCCAUGAGGUCUCUGGGGUACAUGCCCAAUGAGGUGGAGCUGGAGGUCAUCAUACAGAGACUGGACAUGGACGGUGAUGGUCAGGUGGAUUUCGAAGAAUUUGUCACUCUCCUCGGACCCAAGCUGACAGCAGCCGGAAUGCCAGACAAGUUCCACGGAACCGACUUUGACUCUGUGUUCUGGAAGACUGACAUGCAGAAGCUGACGGUAGAGGAGCUGAAGAGGCUGCUGUAUGAUACAUUCUCCGACCACCUCACCAUGAAGGAUAUCGAGAACAUCAUCAUGACCGAGGAGAGUCACAUAGCGAACCCAGGGGCCUGCCAGGUGGAUAUAGACACUAGUCCAACGCAGCAAGUCAAGCAGACGUGUGUACGCAAGAGCCUGAUAUGUGCUUUUGCCAUUGCUUUCAUCAUCAGCGUCAUGCUUAUCGCAGCCAAUCAGGUGCUUCGGAGUGGCAUGAAGUAGGCGGGGACGGCCACGGCCUCCUGACCCUCUGAAAGAGACUGCUGUAAGACACCUGGACAAAUGACUGAGAAAUAAACAGCUCAACAACAACAACAGACAAUUAAUCCACCAUCUAAAUAAACUGACAGAAAGGCAUGGCUCUCAUCCAAAUGACUUCAUGGGCAUAUUUCCCAACAUGCUCCUUUAUCUCCUUUCUGAAUGGAACCCAUUGAGACCCUUAACUACGGUGGCCUGGAGGUUGACCAUCAUCUGUGCAUGAAGUGCAUGGAUUUAACCAGUCGUCUCUUGAAACAUUUGUAGACCUUAUUAUCAGUGUAUAUCCAUAUGACUGUGUAACAAACAGAGGUGUGUCAUUAUUAACUUAUUGUGAACCAACUGUGACCAACUUUGUUAAUAGGGUCGCGGGUCAAGGGGUCAGUGGCGGGAAUGAACAAUGGGUUUUACAUCUGUACUGUGUAUCAAACAACAACAAACGAACAACAACAAACAAGUUAAUAUUUCAUAAUAAAUGUAUAUUUCACAGUUCUGCAUGAUCAAAAGGGCUGUUUAGUGGACUACAUGAUCAUAUCGUAAAAGUAGUUUUUGGACAACUGUUCUUAUUGACAUACUGUGGACUAUUAGCUUCACUGAGCACCCCAUAACGACCACAACAUAUCUCACAGCCAUAACGAUCAUAAUGUAUCUCACUGUCAUAAGGAUCAUAAGAUAUCUCACUGCCAUAACGAUCACAACAUAUGUCACUGCCAUAAGGAUCCUAACAUACCUUACUGCCAUUGAAAAACCAAUAACUCAGACGUGAUGGGUGUUGUAUUAGCAUAUCACUGGGAAACCAUACAGUAUUUGCUUGAUAUGUGACAUAUAUGCAUCAUAACAUUAGAACAGAGAUGUCUGCUCUGUACACGAGGAAUAUGAUGAAUGUGAUGGAAUGUAUACACUGCUAUAUUAGGCAAUACAUCACAAGUAUACAUUUCACAUGUGAUAUCGCUGGCUAGACAUGUUCAAUAUAGAACUGUAGGCUCAUCCAUGAGGAAGCUCUGCUCUGGAGAAUUGAAGCAGGAGCAAUUAACCUUCAAUCCACUUCCAUGCCUUGGUAGCUCCUUGUUGUCCUUGGAAUGCAAUACUUUUCCUAUGGCGACUUUGAACAUACCAUAGUAAUAUAUUCUAUCUUGUUUUUUUAAAAUUAAAAAGUAAUGACAUUCACACUAGAUAAAAGAACCAGGAAGCACUUUCAUCUUAAAGACACUUCUGAAACCAGGUUUCUAUCCUAUGUCUCAUUCUGGGACACAGACUUUGCUAUACUGAUCAUCAAAUGGCCUGUGAAGCCCUGCAAUAAAGCACUAAUCCAACUCUGGGCAAUAUUUCCACCAUUGCUGUUCCAGUGCUCUUUAGAGUGUUGUGCAUGAUUGCCAGUGACAUCUUGGAAUACUGAUAAUCUCUAUACAUCUGUAUAAUACACAUUUUGACCAAAGCUAUGAAAGUCAACCAUUGUGUGGAGUAAAUGGCUCUCAGAAUGGAAGGAGAGAGAACAGUAAAAAAAAGUAAAUGGAAGAGCAAACCAUUUUUUAAUGUAGUUGCCAAAUAAAAGGGAAACUUGAAUAGCUCAUCAAUAUGUAUUGUUGUUUGAAUUCUAAAAAUAGUCAUGAUGUCUUCUAUUAGAUUUGUUGUAAAGAAACUACUAGGACAAGUACAAUACAAUGCACUGGAGAGACGCAAAAACAAAGAACUAAAAGAUAAAUGCACUUCGCUAAAAUACUUACAUCUCUUUUGGAGGCUGAGGACAUUUAUUUUGUAAUGUAAUGGAAGGUAGCCUAGUGGUUAGAGCGUUGGGCCUGUAAUCGAAAGGUUGGUAGAUCGAACAAGGCAGUUAAUCCACUGUUCCUAGGCCGUCAUUGUAAAUAAGAAUGUGUUCUUAUCUGACUUGCCCAGUUAAAUAAAACCUACUGUAUUGGACUAUUUGGUUUCACAUGAUUGAGCACACCAAUAUUUUGGUGUUACAAUUCAGCAACCGGGUGAUGGGAUUAUGAUUACUGUCCUGUCUAAAAACAGUCAAGACAGACAACAAUUAUCUCAUUUCGCUGAGCGUUUUGUUAAAAGCAUCAAGGUUGCAGUAAGGUUGCAGCAAGGUCACAGAGGACAUAAUACAAUUGCACAUUGUCAAUUCACCGUACUGUAAACAAAUAGCUUUGUUUUCAUUUUGCACUUUAUAAUAUGGCGUAGAUGCACACAAUGAUAAUACACCGCCAUUAUGAUUGUGUACAAUUUCAAAACAUACUGUACAUGCAUCUUGAAUGGUUACAGUAUUGUAUAUACAUGUUCCUUACAUCUUCAGAAAAAAUGGGAGUAGAUGAGAGAUAACUGAUAUAUGAACCUACUUCAUCUGUUGUUGGUACAUAUUGUAUCAGCUUGGGUGACACUAAAAUGUCAGAUUGGGUGAUACUAAUAUGUCAGCUUGGGUGACACUAAUAUGUCAACUUGGGUGACACUACAAUGUCAGCUUGGGUGAUACUAAUAUACCAGCUUGGGUAAUACUAAUAUGUCAGCUUGGGUGACACGAAUAUGUCAGCUUGGGUGACACGAAUAUGUCAGUUUGGGUGAUACUAAUAUGUCAGCUUGGGUGACACGAAUAUGUCAGUUUGGGUGAUACUAAUAUGUCAGCUUGGGUGAUUCUAGUAUGCCAGCUUGGGUGACACUAAUAUGUCAGCUUGGGUGACACUAAUAUGUCAGUUUGGGUGACAAUAAUAUGUCAGCUUGGGUGACCCUAAUAUGUCAGUUUGGGUGAUACUAAUAUGUCAGCUUGGGUGACCCUAAUAUGUCAGCUUGGGUGAUUCUAGUAUGCCAGCUUGGGUGACACUAAUAUGUCAGCUUGGGUGACACUAAUAUGUCAGUUUGGGUGAUAAUAAUAUGUCAGCUUGGGUGACCCUAAUAUGUCAGCUUGGGUGAUACUAAUAUGUCAGCUUCGGUGAUACUAAUAUGUCAGCAUGGCUGACAUUUGGCUACAAUGGUUAAAUAUCAUUACUUUUGGCAUAUUCUAAUGAGAUCAUUUUGCAUUUUAAAACAGAGGGUGUUGAGAAUGUUGUUCCAUGACCUAAUACUUUGCCUUAUACUCUGAGACAUGAAACACUCCGAGACAUGUUUAUUAUCAAAGCAAAGCUAUACAAAAAUAUAAAGACCAAUCAAAUAUUUAUUUUCUUUUUACAGAUGAAACAAAACAUAUUGUAUUGAAAAUGUUGAUAGUUUACUGAAUGUUAAAGUUGUAUUAAUUGUACUUUGAUACUUUAUGUCUCCAAAACGAUGUUGUAUUAUCCACCCGCUGUGACACAUGUUCAUUGAUCACACCAUAUGUACCUGUCUGUCUGUGGAAUGGUAUUUCACAGAAAUAAAAGUAUAUUGGCG